AUGGAUGGUAGCGAUGGUGAUGGCGGUGGCUGCGAGGAUGCCGAUGGCCCAGUGAUGCGUGGAAUGAGGCCCCUGUUGCGCCAAGCAUCUAUCGCUGACGCCGACGAAGGUUCCCUCACAAGACAGAGCAGCAGCAUCUCGUCCAACCCCAUUGCCCAUCGCUCCAUCUCAGAGGUCCUCGCGGAGCACAGGCGCAGCUACAUGCCCGAGACUGGUGUUCGAUCCACGCCCUCAACACAGGAACGUUCACUUCGCGGAGAUGCGAAAGGGCUGCAUGUAUUUGUGUGCUCCUCGUUCAAGGACAUGAAGGACGAGCGCAUUGGUCUGAUGACAAAUGCCUUCCCGCCAAUCCGCAAGCUCGCCGCUGACAAGGGCAUUUUCUGCUGCGAGACAGAUCUGCGCUGGGGCGUGAGCAAAGAGGCCGAUAUGCCGGGCGUCAUUGCCACGUGUCUGCGGGAAGUUCGCCGCUGCUCUCCGUACAUUAUCGUCCUGCUUGGCGACAGAUACGGCUGGUGCCCUCCGCGCGAGGCGCUCGUCAAGGCACACGACCAGCUCGGUGAAGGGUACUGGUGGCUGCUGGAGGAGGACCCUGCUGCCUUUGAGACGACCAACCUGAACGGAUCCACGUGGAGCGGUGCGCUGAUCGACGAGGAGGGGAAGGUGCCGAGCUUGUGCUCCAUCACCCACCUGGAGAUUAUCAGCGGCGUUCUGCUCGUGCCGCCAGCGCAGCGGCGCGCUCUCGUGUUUGUGCGCGAGCCACGGGCCAGUGCAAUGCCAACGCCAACGCUGCCCAAGCCAGCGGCAGAGCUGGGUGCACCCAAACAUGAUGGUGAUGGCGAUGGUGACACUGCACGGGCGCGGCUGGAGGCGCUGAAGGCGACACUGAAGAGCAGCGAGAACGUGGACGUGCAGUCGUACAGCUCUGUGGAGGACCUGUGCCAGAAGGUGAAGCAGGGGCUGUGGCGCUUCGUGGAGCUUGACUUUCGAAAACAAGGGCUGUAUGCGGAUCCUGUGGAACAGGAGACGUUUCUACAUUUGGCGUUUGCCGCAAGCAGAUUGCGUCAUUUUCGGCUGUUUGAGCCGCACGCGCGCGUGUUGGAGGACAUCACCGCGUGCACGUCCCACUGCGUGUUGUGCGGUCCUUCCGGCAUUGGCAAGUCCUCCCUCUUCUCCAAAUUGCAUCAGGUGCUGCUUGAAGCCGAGCGCAACCGCGUUAUCCUCCACUUUGUCGGCCGUUCAAACGACAGCGCUCUCCCGUCGCAGAUUCUUCGCCGCAUCGCCGUCCUCAUCAAGCGCAUGACGGGGGAGUCGUUCAAUCUCGCGCCGCAGACGCAGCGUCUCGUGUCGCAGUUCCCGCAGAUCCUCAGCUCAUGCUCAUCCUGGCUCCAGGACCGCGGCGAGGUUCUGACGAUCAUCAUUGAUGCUGUGAAUCAGUUCACGCGAACAACAGACAUUCCCUCUGUCAGCGACUGGCUGCCGCUGCACGUCACGUUUCCAAACAUCAAGUUUGUGGUGUCGACAAUGCCUGUGGACGAUGUUGCCGCCAUGCGUGGUGCCAACUGGCGCGUCCUCACCAUGCCGGAUAUCCCCGUGGCUGAGCGCAAGCCCCUCGUCAACGCCUUCCUUCGCCCGUAUGGCAAGCAGCUUGACAGCGUGCAUGUCGACAGGCUGGUGCAGCACAACGCCGCACGCAACCCGCUGUUCCUGCGCCUCGUCCUUGAUGAGCUCCGCGUGAUUGGGGACUUUGACAUGCUGGACCAGCAGCUGACGUCACUGCUGGCAGCAUCAAACGUCUCCCAGCUGUACACGCGCGUGCUGCAGCGGCUGGAGGACGCGUUUUCCGCUCCACCGGACAUUGAAUCCGUCAUGCGCUCUGUUGCAACAGAUGCCCGCGUCCCAGACACAUCAGCAGAAGACAUUCAAGCGCAGCAGGAGCAUCUCAAGCUUGCCGCAGCUGCGAUUGAUGCGUACGGGCUGGUGCCGACGGCGCUGAUGUUGAUUGCUGUGUCGCGUCACGGCCUGAUGGAGCGCGAGCUCAUAUCCGCCCUCGCACUGCCGCCCGUCGUCACCAUCCCACUCCUGCACGCACUUGAGGAGUCGAUGACGUGUCGGAUGCCUCGGAUCAUGUUUGACCACGAAGCAUUGCGCCGCGCCGUCGCCUCCCGCUACCUCGACACAGACCAGCGCAAACAGGCCAUCCACGCGUUGCUGGCUGCCUUCUUCGCCACGCUGCCGAAGACAGACCCGCGCCGCCUUGAAGAGCUGCCAUGGCACCUGCUGCAGUGCGAACAGCACCAGCGCCUGGUGCACUAUCUCACGGACUUGGAUGUGUUUGUGGCCAUGCGGGCAACGGAUCUCAGCAAACUGGAGCUCGGCACACACUGGCGCGAACUCGGCAACGAACUGCUUGCGCCGUACCGCCAAGCGCUUCUGGAUCAGCUCCCGUCUCGCCCAAAAACAGAGUGGGCGGCGAUUGUGCGAGAAAUUGCAAUGCUCCUCUUCUCGGCCGGAAAGUUUGAAGGGUCGAUGACGUUUCUGCUGCUGUGCUGGUUCCUCGCCCGCCCGCCGCCCUGGGUCAACACACACGCGCGCGCACGGAGCAGGGGUGCUGUCGGCGGGCGCGAUGAUGGUGGCAGUGGUGGCGAUUGUGACCUUGAUCGUGACGAUGAUGAUGAUGAUGAUGGUGACGACCAUGAUGAUGAUGAUGAUGACGAUGAUGAUGGUGAUGGUGAUGGCACGGAGGAUGAAACAACCAAGCGAGCGCUGUUGCAGACCUUGCUGGACCAGGCGACAACACACGCCAAGAAGCUCAAAUAUAUCAAGCGCCGCGGGGUGAAGGAUGACGAGUGGAGGGGCGGUAGCCACUUGGACGUGGACGGGGCACGCGACCUUGCAGAGACAUUCAAGUGCAUCGCCAAGUGCUGCUCCCAGCAGGACAACCACAACAUGACCGUUCAUUUUCUCAAGAUGGCGCGCACGCUCGUCGAAUCCGCAUUUGGCAGCGCUUCGCUUGAUGUUGCCAUGAUCUAUGACGAGCUAGCUUGGACCAACAUCCGCGCACGCAACUUUGAUGCGGCGUGGACGCAGCUGCACAACUCGCUGGUGAUCAAACUGAAGGCCCUGUACGCCGCCAUGCACCGCCCGCUGCCAUCGUCCAUCGAGACAGACGCAUCGCUGACGGGCGACGAGUGGGAUGCCGUGCUCGCACAGCUCACGGAACCCGGCACCGUCCACGUGAAGAAGGACUAUCAGUUUGCGGUGACAAUCAACCGAUUUGCCAAUUGCUCUUCGGGCCUGGCGGAACGGAAAAACGCCAACAAAGACACCACCAUCGGGGAGUUGUAUGAUCUGGCUGAAAAGCUCCACGAAACUGCGCGCUUGAUGCAAGAAAACGAAUACGGGCACCACCACCCCUAUGUGGCCACUGCAUGCCACGACCUUGGGCACCUGUUCAAAUCACGCUACGCAAAAGACAAAAACCCCGAGCAUCUUGAGCGCGCACUUGACCACUGGAACCGUGCCCUCACCAUCCGCGAAACAGCAUUUGGGCCCCACCACCACCUCGUCGCAACGACGUGCUUUGAGCGAGGCCGGCUGCUGGUUGAAGCGGGCCAGCGCGAGAGAGGCACUGCGCUGCUGCAGAGAGCGUAUGAUAUUCGGUCCAAAGUGUUUGGUCCCCGCAGCAGCAUGGCAAAAACGGUGGCCAGAGCGCUCAGCAGAGGCUCGUACCGCCGCGCGUCGCAGUAUCAGCGCGACCACAAGAAGAGGGGAUCGCCAAACCACCGCCAGCAACAGCAGCAACAACAACAGCAGCAUCAACAGCAGCAACGGCAGCAGCAUCGUGGUCGGGACCGCAGUCAAUCUCGACGAAAUUCGCAACACUCCAACCCGAGCGCAUCCCCACACUCGCGCAAGGGCCUCAACCUGGCAUGCAAGCCUGGCACGCGACACACGCGCACGCGCAUCAGCCCCAUCCCCACCCGCAGGCGCCAACACAUGUACAGCACCCUGCACACGCACACCAGACAGCGCAGCCAAACGCGCCGCGCAUUCCGCUGUACGCGUUUCAGCAACCUCAAGUCCACUUCUACCCACAGCAUCCACACCAUCACUAUCACUCUGGCCGAUGGCAUCACUUUUCCUCGCAUCCACGAUAAUGCUUGA